UGGACCAACAUGGGGACAACAGGAUUCUGGAGCUCGCUGUGGCUCGUGUACCUGACGCUGCUGGUCGGCUCACUCUCUCAGGAAGAAGAGUCUCACAUUGGUCACGUAUGCACGGCAUGGGGCCACAAUCACUACAAGAGCUUUGACGGAAACUUCUACCAACUGGCCUCGUCCUGCAACCACGUGAUGGCCACAAACUGCAGGGGCGAGAGCGAGUACUUCAACAUCCAGCUGAGGCGGAAGGUCGUCGACGGCGUCCCCACCAUCGACAGGAUCACCAUGAGGAUGGAGGCCACUCUGGUGGAGAUCUCCAGCAGUGGUGUGGUCGUCGACGGCAAAGCAGUGUCUACACCGGUCAACACCUUCGGGGUGACUGUGAGGUCCACCCCCGCCAGUAUCACCGUGGACGCCAAGUUGGGCAUCACAGCGAUCUGGAACAAGGACGACUCCCUGGACAUUGAAAUCGAUGAAAAAUACAAGAACCAGCUGUGUGGACUCUGUGGAAACUUUGAUGGAAACAGCGGCAACGACUUCAACAUCGAAGAUAUCCCUCUGGCAAUCGAAGCCUUUGCUGAGUCCAACAAGGUGAACGAUCCGACCGAGUUGUGCGACUUGCCUGAUGCCCAGGACGUGGAAGAAUGUGGGGACGUGACUUUCUGUGAAGAGGUUUUCAACCGCACAGCGUUCGACAGCUGCAAAGAGCUUCUGGAUUUGCCGUCCUUCGGUAAAGCCUGUAUGACCGACAUGUGUCACGCCGUCAACGGCAGCAACAAUGUUCUCUGCCAGACCCUGUCAGAGUUCUCCCGACAGUGCAUCCACGGAGGCGGCUCGCCACAACAGUGGAGGAGUGAAGACUUUUGCAAUAAGGAGUGUCCGUCAAACAUGCAGUUCAUGGAGUGCACAAGCUCAUGUCCUGACAGCUGCACCACACCUCAGGCCAGCCAGACAUGUGACAACCACUGCCAUGACGGCUGCGGCUGCCCUGACGGAAUGGUCAUUGAUGACAUCACAAACAGUGGCUGUAUUAAACUGUCAGCGUGUCCGUGUCAGCACCAGAACAACCUCUACCAAUCUGGAGACAGCUACACACUCAACUGCAGAUCCUGUUUGUGUCAGGGUGGUCAGUGGGAGUGUGUCGAGAACAACUGCCCAGGACGAUGCUCUUUGGACGGAGGAUCUCAUGUCAACACCUUUGAUGGAAAGAGUUACACCUUCCAUGGAGACUGCUCCUACAUUAUGGCAAAGGGAGACAACGGUACCUUCACUGUGAUCGUGGAACUGGUCAAGUGUUCUCUGAGUGACAGCAGCACCUGCCUCAAGUCUGUGACUCUGUUCUUGAAACACAAAACUGUGACCGUUAAAGUUACGUCCAGCAAGGUGUUUGUGAACAGCAUUCUCUCACAGCUGCCACUGUACAUCGCGGAGGUGAAUAUCUUCAAGCCAUCAUCCACACACAUGGUCAUCAGCACCAAGGUGGGCAUUCAAAUCAUGGUCCAGCUGUCGCCCAAGAUGCAGGUCGUCCUCACAGCUCAUUCUUCCCUCAGCGGAACCACCAAGGGACUGUGCGGGAACUUCAACAACAAAGAGAUAGAUGACUUCAGGGUGAGCAGUGGACUGGUGGAGGGAACCACCUCAGCUUUUGUCAACACACUGAAAAACGAAGGCAAAUGCCCCGACAUCCAAACCCGCCUGGUCCACCCGUGCUCCCAGGGCAUCAACAAAGAGAGUUACGCCAGAUACUGGUGCUCCAAACUGACGGAGCCCACGGGAAAGUUUGCUCCGUGCCACGAUUUCGUCAGCCCCUCCUCCUACUUUGAUAACUGCUUGUACGACACCUGUGACUGUGAUCAAAGUGAGUCCUGCAUGUGUGCCGCGGUCUCCUCGUACGUCUUGGCGUGUUCGGAGGUGGGAGUCCACCUGACCGGCUGGAGGUCGACCGUCUGUGAUAAGUUCAAGAACUGUUCAGAGGGACUGGUGUACAGCUACGACAUGACCACCUGCAAACGGACCUGCCAAUCCCUGAGUCAGCCCGACUACACCUGCAUGGUCAACCACCCCAAAGUGGACGGCUGUGGCUGCCCCGACGGAAAGUACUUAAACGAUGAAGGGAAGUGUGUGCUCAAGAGCAUUUGUCCCUGCUACGAUAAAGACACAACUAUAUCUCCUGGAGGGACUCACAAAGUGGACAACAACACAUGCAUCUGCAAUCAAGGAGUUCUCAGCUGCACUGGGGGACCUCUAUCUUCAUGCUACGACCCAAUGAUUUACUUAAACUGCUCUGAACCUGAGGACACUGGGGUCGAGUGUCAGAGGAGCUGCAGCACUCUGGACAUGGAGUGUCUGAGUCAAGGCUGUGCUCCAGGCUGCAUGUGCCCUGACGGUAUGGUGCUGGACGGUACAGGUGGAUGUAUCAAAGAGAGCGACUGCCCGUGUGUCCACAACGGAAAGGCCUACCAUCCAGGAGAGACGCUGACUGUGGACUGCAACACCUGCUCCUGCAAAAACAGGAAGUUCACCUGCACUGACAACGUUUGUGACUCUGUUUGUGGAAUCUAUGGCGACGGUCACUACAUCACAUUUGACGACAAGAGGUUCGACUUCAACGGAGAGUGUGAAUACACACUGGUGCAGGACUUCUGCGGUGUUGAUACAGCUAAUGGAACCUUCAGAGUUAUCAGUGAGAAUGUUCCGUGUGGAACCACAGGAGCCACCUGCUCCAAGACCAUCAAGAUCUUCCUGGAGAAUUCUGAAUACCGUCUUAAAGAUGACAAGUUCCAGGUGGUCAAGGGAAAGAGCAAAGUGCCACCAUCUAAAGUCCACACGAUGGGUCUGUACCUGGUGGUGAAGAUCAAAAAAGGAUUUGUGCUCAUUUGGGACAAGAAAACCAGUCUUUUUAUUAAACUCAGCUCAAUGUAUCAGGGCAAAGUCUGUGGUAUGUGCGGAAACUUCGACGGCAACAGUAAGAAUGACUUCACCACUCGCAACAUGGAGACGGUGACGGAUGUUGUGCAAUACGGUAACAGCUGGAAGUCGUCAUCCACCUGCCCCAGUGCAGAAGUCAUCAAUGAUCCCUGCAUCUCCAACCCAUAUCGAGCAACCUGGUCCAAGAGGAAAUGUAGCAUCAUCACCAGCAUCACCUUCAAGGAGUGUCAUUCACUGGUGGACCCUGGUCCAUACAUGGACUCUUGUGUGAGAGACACCUGUGCCUGUGACAGCGGUGGGGACUGUGAAUGUUUCUGCACUGCUGUGGCUGCCUAUGCUAAAGCUUGUACUGAGGCCGGGGCCUGCAUUAGAUGGAGAACUCCAACCAUAUGCCCUGUUUUCUGUGACUACUACAACGAUCCUGAGGGUUGUGAGUGGCACUACAGACCUUGUGGAGCUGAGUGCAUGAAAACAUGUAGAAAUCCAUCAGGAGACUGUUCCAACCUCAUCUCUGGCCUGGAAGGCUGCUAUCCACUGUGUCCUGCAAGUCGACCCUACUUCAAUGAAGACACCAUGAAGUGUGUCCCCGUGGAACAGUGUGGUUGCUAUGACGACAAAGGCAACCAUUACAACCUCGGAGAUAAAGUUCCAUCAGACAACUGCUACACUUGCUCCUGCAAGAUUUCUGGAAUAGUGUGCGACUACAAUGUACAUUAUUGUAAAUGCUUCUUUGAUGGAAAGUACUAUAAUUAUGGGGACAUCAUCUACGACACCAGUGAUGGAAUCGGAAACUGCAUGAAAGUGGAAUGUGUGGCCAAUGGGACUGUAACAAGUACUGUAACCCCAUGCUCAACCCAAGCGCCAACCACUACAACACCCUUUACAUUCAGCACAACUACAGAAACUCCUACAACCACACCUGAAGGAACAACCACAACAUCUGUAAGUACCACAACUACAGAAGGCCCCACAACCACACCCGGAGAAACGACUACAACCACAACAUCUGUAAGUACCACAACUACAGAAGGCCCCACAACCACACCCGGAGAAACGACUACAACAUCUGUGAGUACCACAACUACACAAGGCCCCACAACCACACCCGGAGAAACGACUACUACAUCUGUGAGUACCACAACUACGGAAGGCCCCACAACCACACCCGGAGAAACGACUACAACAUCUGUGAGGACCACAACUACAGAAGGCCCCAAAACCACACCCGGAGAAACGACUACAACAUCUUUGAGUACCACAACUACACAAGGCCCCACAACCACACCCGGAGAAACAACUACAACAUCUGUGAGUACCACAACUACAGAAGGCCCCACAACCACACCUGAAGGAACAACCACAACAUCUGUGAGUACCACAACUACACAAGGCCCCCCAACCACACCCGGAGAAACGACUACAACAUCUGUGAGUACCACAACUACAGAAGGCCCCACAACCACACCCAGAGAAACGACUACAACAUCUGUGAGUACCACAACUACACAAGGCCCCACAACCACACCCGGAGAAACGACUACAACAUCUGUGAGUACCACAACUACACAAGGCCCCACAACCACACCCGGAGAAACGACUACUACAUCUGUGAGUACCACAACUACGGAAGGCCCCACAACCACACCCGGAGAAACGACUACAACAUCUGUGAGUACCACAACUACAGAAGGCCCCACAACCACACCCGGAGAAACGACUACAACAUCUUUGAGUACCACAACUACACAAGGCCCCACAACCACACCCGGAGAAACAACUACAACAUCUGUGAGUACCACAACUACAGAAGGCCCCACAACCACACCCGGAGAAACAACUACAACAUCUGUGAGUACCACAACUACAGAAGGCCCCACAACCACACCUGAAGGAACAACCACAACAUCUGUGAGUACCACAACCACACCCGGAGAAACGACUACAACAUCUGUGAGUACCACAACUACAGAAGGCCCCACAACCACACCCGGAGAAACGACUACAACAUCUGUGAGUACCACAACUACAGAAGGUCCCACAACCACAUCCGGAGAAACAACUACAACAUCUGUAAGCACCACCACUACAGAAGGCCCCACAACCACACCUGAAGGAACAACCACAACAUCUGUAAGUACCACAACUACAGAAGGCCCCACAACCACACCCGGAGAAACGACUACAACAUCUGUGAGUACCACAACUACACAAGGCCCCACAACCACACCCGGAGAAACGACUACUACAUCUGUGAGUACCACAACUACGGAAGGCCCCACAACCACACCCGGAGAAACGACUACAACAUCUGUGAGUACCACAACUACAGAAGGCCCCACAACCACACCCGGAGAAACGACUACAACAUCUUUGAGUACCACAACUACACAAGGCCCCACAACCACACCCGGAGAAACAACUACAACAUCUGUGAGUACCACAACUACAGAAGGCCCCACAACCACACCUGAAGGAACAACCACAACAUCUGUGAGUACCACAACUACACAAGGCCCCCCAACCACACCCGGAGAAACGACUACAACAUCUGUGAGUACCACAACUACAGAAGGCCCCACAACCACACCCAGAGAAACGACUACAACAUCUGUGAGUACCACAACUACACAAGGCCCCACAACCACACCCGGAGAAACGACUACAACAUCUGUGAGUACCACAACUACAGAAGGCCCCACAACCACACCUGAAGAAACAACCACAACAUCUGUGAGUACCACAACUACAGAAGGCCCCACAACCACACCCGGAGAAACGACUACAACAUCUGUGAGUACCACAACUACACAAGGCCCCACAACCACACCCGGAGAAACAACUACAACAUCUGUGAGUACCACAACUACAGAAGGUCCCACAACCACAUCCGGAGAAACAACUACAACAUCUGUAAGCACCACCACUACAGAAGGCCCCACAACCACACCUGAAGGAACAACCACAACAUCUGUAAGUACCACAACUACAGAAGGCCCCACAACCACACCCGGAGAAACGACUACAACAUCUGUGAGUACCACAACUACACAAGGCCCCACAACCACACCCGGAGAAACGACUACUACAUCUGUGAGUACCACAACUACGGAAGGCCCCACAACCACACCCGGAGAAACGACUACAACAUCUGUGAGUACCACAACUACAGAAGGCCCCACAACCACACCCGGAGAAACGACUACAACAUCUUUGAGUACCACAACUACACAAGGCCCCACAACCACACCCGGAGAAACAACUACAACAUCUGUGAGUACCACAACUACAGAAGGCCCCACAACCACACCUGAAGGAACAACCACAACAUCUGUGAGUACCACAACUACACAAGGCCCCCCAACCACACCCGGAGAAACGACUACAACAUCUGUGAGUACCACAACUACAGAAGGCCCCACAACCACACCCAGAGAAACGACUACAACAUCUGUGAGUACCACAACUACACAAGGCCCCACAACCACACCCGGAGAAACGACUACAACAUCUGUGAGUACCACAACUACAGAAGGCCCCACAACCACACCUGAAGGAACAACCACAACAUCUGUGAGUACCACAACUACAGAAGGCCCCACAACCACACCCGGAGAAACGACUACAACAUCUGUGAGUACCACAACUACACAAGGCCCCACAACCACACCCGGAGAAACAACUACAACAUCUGUGAGUACCACAACUACAGAAGGCCCCACAACCACACCUGAAGGAACAACCACAACAUCUGUGAGUACCACAACUACACAAGGCCCCACAACCACACCCGGAGAAACGACUACAACAUCUGUGAGUACCACAACUACAGAAGGCCCCACAACCACACCCGGAGAAACGACUACAACAUCUGUGAGUACCACAACUACAGAAGGUCCCACAACCACAUCCGGAGAAACAACUACAACAUCUGUAAGCACCACCACUACAGAAGGCCCCACAACCACACCUGAAGGAACAACCACAACAUCUGUAAGUACCACAACUACAGAAGGCCCCACAACCACACCCGGAGAAACGACUACAACAUCUGUGAGUACCACAACUACACAAGGCCCCACAACCACACCCGGAGAAACGACUACUACAUCUGUGAGUACCACAACUACGGAAGGCCCCACAACCACACCCGGAGAAACGACUACAACAUCUGUGAGUACCACAACUACAGAAGGCCCCACAACCACACCCGGAGAAACGACUACAACAUCUUUGAGUACCACAACUACACAAGGCCCCACAACCACACCCGGAGAAACAACUACAACAUCUGUGAGUACCACAACUACAGAAGGCCCCACAACCACACCUGAAGGAACAACCACAACAUCUGUGAGUACCACAACUACACAAGGCCCCCCAACCACACCCGGAGAAACGACUACAACAUCUGUGAGUACCACAACUACAGAAGGCCCCACAACCACACCCAGAGAAACGACUACAACAUCUGUGAGUACCACAACUACACAAGGCCCCACAACCACACCCGGAGAAACGACUACAACAUCUGUGAGUACCACAACUACAGAAGGCCCCACAACCACACCUGAAGGAACAACCACAACAUCUGUGAGUACCACAACUACAGAAGGCCCCACAACCACACCCGGAGAAACGACUACAACAUCUGUGAGUACCACAACUACACAAGGCCCCACAACCACACCCGGAGAAACAACUACAACAUCUGUGAGUACCACAACUACAGAAGGUCCCACAACCACAUCCGGAGAAACAACUACAACAUCUGUAAGCACCACCACUACAGAAGGCCCCACAACCACACCUGAAGGAACAACCACAUCAUCUGUAAGUACCACAACUACAGAAGGCCCCACAACCACACCCGGAGAAACGACUACAACAUCUGUGAGUACCACAACUACACAAGGCCCCACAACCACACCCGGAGAAACGACUACUACAUCUGUGAGUACCACAACUACGGAAGGCCCCACAACCACACCCGGAGAAACAACUACAACAUCUGUGAGUACCACAACUACACAAGGCCCCCCAACCACACCCGGAGAAACGACUACAACAUCUGUGAGUACCACAACUACAGAAGGCCCCACAACCACACCCAGAGAAACGACUACAACAUCUGUGAGUACCACAACUACACAAGGCCCCACAACCACACCCGGAGAAACGACUACAACAUCUGUGAGUACCACAACUACAGAAGGCCCCACAACCACACCUGAAGGAACAACCACAACAUCUGUGAGUACCACAACUACAGAAGGCCCCACAACCACACCCGGAGAAACGACUACAACAUCUGUGAGUACCACAACUACACAAGGCCCCACAACCACACCCGGAGAAACAACUACAACAUCUGUGAGUACCACAACUACAGAAGGCCCCACAACCACACCUGAAGGAACAACCACAACAUCUGUGAGUACCACAACUACACAAGGCCCCACAACCACACCCGGAGAAACGACUACAACAUCUGUGAGUACCACAACUACAGAAGGCCCCACAACCACACCUGAAGGAACAACCACAACAUCUGUAAGUACCACAACUACAGAAGGCCCCACAACCACACCCGUAGAAACGACUACAACAUCUGUGAGUACCACAACUACACAAGGCCCCACAACCACACCCGGAGAAACGACUACUACAUCUGUGAGUACCACAACUACGGAAGGCCCCACAACCACACCCGGAGAAACAACUACAACAUCUGUGAGUACCACAACUACAGAAGGCCCCACAACCACACCUGAAGGAACAACCACAACAUCUGUGAGUACCACAACUACACAAGGCCCCCCAACCACACCCGGAGAAACGACUACAACAUCUGUGAGUACCACAACUACAGAAGGCCCCACAACCACACCCAGAGAAACGACUACAACAUCUGUGAGUACCACAACUACACAAGGCCCCACAACCACACCCGGAGAAACGACUACAACAUCUGUGAGUACCACAACUACAGAAGGCCCCACAACCACACCUGAAGGAACAACCACAACAUCUGUGAGUACCACAACUACAGAAGGCCCCACAACCACACCCGGAGAAACGACUACAACAUCUGUGAGUACCACAACUACACAAGGCCCCACAACCACACCCGGAGAAACAACUACAACAUCUGUGAGUACCACAACUACAGAAGGUCCCACAACCACAUCCGGAGAAACAACUACAACAUCUGUAAGCACCACCACUACAGAAGGCCCCACAACCACACCUGAAGGAACAACCACAACAUCUGUAAGUACCACAACUACAGAAGGCCCCACAACCACACCCGGAGAAACGACUACAACAUCUGUGAGUACCACAACUACACAAGGCCCCACAACCACACCCGGAGAAACGACUACUACAUCUGUGAGUACCACAACUACGGAAGGCCCCACAACCACACCCGGAGAAACGACUACAACAUCUGUGAGUACCACAACUACAGAAGGCCCCACAACCACACCCGGAGAAACGACUACAACAUCUUUGAGUACCACAACUACACAAGGCCCCACAACCACACCCGGAGAAACAACUACAACAUCUGUGAGUACCACAACUACAGAAGGCCCCACAACCACACCUGAAGGAACAACCACAACAUCUGUGAGUACCACAACUACACAAGGCCCCCCAACCACACCCGGAGAAACGACUACAACAUCUGUGAGUACCACAACUACAGAAGGCCCCACAACCACACCCAGAGAAACGACUACAACAUCUGUGAGUACCACAACUACACAAGGCCCCACAACCACACCCGGAGAAACGACUACAACAUCUGUGAGUACCACAACUACAGAAGGCCCCACAACCACACCUGAAGGAACAACCACAACAUCUGUGAGUACCACAACUACAGAAGGCCCCACAACCACACCCGGAGAAACGACUACAACAUCUGUGAGUACCACAACUACACAAGGCCCCACAACCACACCCGGAGAAACAACUACAACAUCUGUGAGUACCACAACUACAGAAGGCCCCACAACCACACCUGAAGGAACAACCACAACAUCUGUAAGUACCACAACUACAGAAGGCCCCACAACCACACCCGGAGAAACGACUACAACAUCUGUGAGUACCACAACUACACAAGGCCCCACAACCACACCCGGAGAAACGACUACAACAUCUGUGAGUACCACAACUACAGAAGGCCCCACAACCACACCUGAAGGAACAACCACAACAUCUGUGAGUACCACAACUACAGAAGGCCCCACAACCACACCCGGAGAAACGACUACAACAUCUGUGAGUACCACAACUACAGAGGGCCCCACAACCACACCCGAAGGAACAACCACAACAUCUGUGAGUACCACAACUACAGAAGGCCCCACAACCACGCCCAAAGGAACAACCACAACAUCUGUAAGUACCACAACUACAGAAGGCCCCACAACCACACCCGGAGAAACGACUACAACAUCUGUGAGUACCACAACUACACAAGGCCCCACAACCACACCCGGAGAAACGACUACAACAUCUGUGAGUACCACAACUACAGAAGGCCCCACAACCACAUCCGGAGAAACGACUACAACAUCUGUGAGUACCACAACUACAGAAGGUCCCACAACCACAUCCGGAGAAACAACUACAACAUCUGUAAGCACCACCACUACAGAAACGACACCGCAUGUUGUUACUGAAUCAACAACAUCUGCACCUACAAGCCCUCAAGUGCAAAAUACUACUACAACUGGUGCAACUGGUUCAACAUCUAUUGGUCCAGUCACUCAGACGACUCCACCUACAACUUCAGUGUGUGUCUGCAUCAGGAAUGGAACUUCUUAUAAUCCUGGUGAGAUGGUGUACAAUGUCAGUGAUGGCAGUGCGUUUUGUUAUGUUGCUACUUGUAAUGCAUCGUGCCAAAUUGAGGUGAAGAGCGAAGUUUGUGCCACAACACCUGGCACAACUACUACUGCGAUCACUACCACUACAACAGUUUCUUCCUCUACUCCCACCCCAACAACAAGCGAGUCUACAACUACCCUUGACUGCAUCUAUGAGGACCCACCAAGAAAGAACGGAGAAACCUGGAAGGUUGACAAUUGCACCACAGCUGUUUGUAGCAAUGGCCUUGUCACUAAUACAGUUACAGAGUGUCAACUAGUGCAAAAACCCAUCUGUGCCAGUGGAGACGAACCAGUCAAGGUUUAUGAUGAGGACGGAUGCUGCUUCAAAUAUGAAUGUCAAUGCAUGUGCACUGUGUGGACUGCACAACACUUCAAAACAUUUGAUGGAAAAACCUACAACUUCAACAAGAACUGCACUUACUACCUGGUCAAAGAGAGUAUUAAUCAAUAUAACCUAAGUGUUAUGAUCAAUAACCAUGAAUGUGAUCCCUCAACUGGGCAAAUAUGCCAGCAUGAUGUCAUUGUGGAGUACAAAAACACCAAGGUCCUCUUGACCCGACUGAUAUCUGACGGAACACUUGUAAAUGCAGCGUUUGUGAAUGGCAAACGCGUUUAUCCCACUUACAGAAAUAAGGACGUGAGAAUCACCGCCACAGAUUCAGUGUUGAGGUUAAGGUUAAAGAAAAUCAAUUUCAGGGUGAUCUUCAAGUGUUCAACAGUCAUCAUUCGCAUGGGCGAAGAAUUUAAAGGAAAGACUGAGGGACAAUGUGGAACCUGUGACAACAUCCAGUCCAACGACUGUCGAUCUCCCAACGGUCAGGUGGAAGACUGCCAAGACUCUGCUGAGGACUGGGCUGUCCCUGGUCAAGACUGUGAAACCCCGACUGUAACAACACCCACAACCACCGUCCCACCUUCAACAACACUGUCCACAUGUAGACCUGCCAUCUGUGACCUCCUCACCUCCAGUGUGUUUGCACCAUGCAAUGAAUACAUCUCCCCAGGACCAUUUGUGGCAACCUGUCAAUCUGACAUCUGUAACUACAAUAAUCAUACUUGCGAAAGCCUCGACGCCUACGCCACAGAGUGUGCCAGCGAAGGAUACUGCAUUGACUGGAGGAAUUCGACCAACGGACAGUGCGAAAUGAAGUGUCCAAAGAACCAAGUGUACAAGGCGUGUGGUACCACUAUGGAGCCUACAUGUGACCAAAGAUACAACGAGAUGAACCAGGCCAAUUCAACCACAGAGGAGAAAUACGAGGGCUGUUUCUGCAUGGAGGGCACCACAUUAUUCAACCCAGUCCAUGACAAAUGCGUUAAUGCCUGCAAUUGUGUUGGACCCGAGGGAGAACCCAAAGAAGUUGGUGAAACCUGGACAAAUAACUGCAAAGAAUGUGUGUGUGACAAGGACACCCUGAGCGUCCAGUGUGAGCCUGUUCAAUGCCAAACACAACCGACCCCCAACUGCUCUGAGCCAUACCAGCUGGUCAAUAGGACAGUGGACUGCUGCACUGAGGAGCUGUGUGAAUGCAAUGAAAACCUGUGCUCCCCGCCCAUUGACUGCGAUAUUGGCUACAAUCUCACCAUCACUGACAGCGACUGCUGCAAGGAGUACAAAUGUGUUCCUAAGGAUGUAUGUGUGCACAACAUGACGGAGUACAAGCCUGGUGAAAAGAUACCAACUCCAGAAACACCCGGGCCAACAACCACCACCACACAACCAGAAACAACCUCACCACCAGGACAAACAACGACAACAGCCCCAUCGGGAGGACAAACAACGACAACAGCCCCAUCGGGAGGACAAACAACGACAACAGCCCCAUCUGGAGGACAAACAACGACAACAGCCCCAUCGGGAGGACAAACAACGACAACAGCCCCAUCUGGAGGACAAACAACGACAACAGCCCCAUCGGGAGGACAAACAACGACAACAGCCCCAUCGGGAGGACAAACAACGACAACAGCACCAUCGGUAGGACAAACAACGACAACAGCACCAUCGGGAGGCGAAACAACAACAGCACCAUCGGGAGGCGAAACAACAACAGCACCAUCGGGAGGUGAAACAACAACAGCACCAUCGGGAGGUGAAACAACAACAGCACCAUCGGGAGGCGAAACAACAACAGCACCAUCAGGAGGAGAAACAACAACAGCACCAUCAGGAGGCGAAACAACAACAGCAACAUCAGGAGGUGAAACAACAACAGCACCAUCAGGACAAACAACGACAGCCCCAUCAGGAGAAACAACAACACCAUCAGGAGGACAAACAACAACAACAGCACCAUCAGGAGGAGAAACAACAACAGCAACAUCAGGAGGCGAAACAACAACAGCACCAUCAGGAGGCGAAACAACAACAGCACCAUCAGGACAAACAACGACAACAGCGCCAUCAGGAGAACAAACAACAACAGCAACAUCAGGAGGCGAAACAACAACAGCACCAUCAGGAGGCGAAACAACAACAGCACCAUCAGGAGGCGAAACAACAACAGCACCAUCAGGAGGACAAACAACAACAACAGCACCAUCAGGACAAACAACAACAGCACCAUCAGGAGGACAAACAACAACAACAGCACCAUCAGGAGAACAAACAACAACAGCAACAUCAGGAGGCGAAACAACAACAGCACCAUCAGGAGGACAAACAACAACAGCACCAUCAGGAGGACAAACAACCACAACAGCAACAUCAGGAGGCGAAACAACAACAGCACCAUCAGGAGGACAAACAACAACAACAGCACCAUCAGGAGGACAAACAACCACAACAGCAACAUCAGGAGGCGAAACAACAACAGCACCAUCGGGAGGACAAACAACAACAGCACCAUCAGGUGGACAAACAACAACAGCACCAUCAGGAGGACAAACAACAACAACAGCACCAUCAGGAGGACAAACAACCACAACAGCAACAUCAGGAGGCGAAACAACAACAGCACCAUCAGGAGGACAAACAACAACAGCACCAUCAGGUGGACAAACAACAACAGCACCAUCAGGAGGACAAACAACAACAACAGCACCAUCGGGUGGACAAACAACAACAGCAACAUCAGGAGGCGAAACAACAACAGCACCAUCAGUAGGAGAAACAACAACAGCACCAUCAGGAGGAGAAACAACAACAGCACCAUCAGGUGGACAAACAACAACAGCACCAUCAGGUGGACAAACGACGACAACAGCACCAUCAGGAGGACAAACAACAACAAAAACAUCGGGAGGAGAAACAACAACAGCACCAUCAGGUGGACAAACGACGACAACAGCACCAUCAGGAGGACAAACAACAACAAAAACAUCGGGAGGAGAAACAACAACAGCACCAUCAGGUGGACAAACAACAACAACAGCACCAUCAGGUGGACAAACAACAACAGUAUCAACUUUGUCUACUACACCAUUUGUUCACAAACCUGGGCCCUGCCAGGAGUGUUACUGUGGACCUACUAAAGAUCCCGUCACUGGGUUGAACAUGAUUGGAUGCCAGCCUGUUGUCUGCAACACCAGCUGCUCUGAGGGUUACGAGUAUAUUCCUGAUCCUGAGAAGUGCUGCGGGAGCUGCGUUCAGAAGCACUGUAUUCAUGAGUUAGAUAAUGGCACAGUCAUUGUUAUGGAGCCCAACACCAGUUAUGUGCCGCCGGAAGACAAGUGUACGGAGUAUCAAUGUACAAAAGUCAAUGGAAAGUUUAAGGUCACUGUGAUUCAGAAAACCUGUCCUCCUUUCAACCCCCUGGACUGUGAACCCGGCACUGAGACGACCGAUGCUAACGGAUGUUGCAGAUCUUGUAAGAUCAGGACCAUCUGUGAAAUCAAGACUAAUGAGACCUACAUCAAAGUGAAUGACUGCACCAGUGAUCAGAUGGUCAGUGUGUCACACUGCGCCGGACUGUGUGGAAGCACAUCCAAGUAUUCUGCAGCAGCUAACAAAAUGAUGCACAAGUGCGAGUGUUGCCGGGAGGACGAAACCGAACAGAAAGAGGUGAACAUGAACUGCAACGAUGGCUCCAAGAGGAAGCACACCUACACCAAGGUGAAGUCAUGCAAAUGCACCGUGGCAGAGUGUGUGCCAGGGAGCGGGGACAAGUAACAGCCCCGGCGGGAGCAUACCCGCCGUGGCUCCUGACUGAUCACUGGACUGACUUCCUUCCGAACACGAUACAAGUCUUAAUUUUAAAUCUUUAAACUUUUCUCAGAUUUUUGUUGUAUUUAUAGCUCAACAUGCUACAUUGAUUAAAACUUCCUUCAUCUCAGGAUUUUUCUUCACUGAAAGUAAUUAAAAUUAUAUUCCUGCAAUACAAA